CUGGGUUCCCUCCCUGGUCCGCAGUAGGAACGCUGCCCUCUCCCUUCUUGACCCCUAGCCCUUAUUCCCCUCCUUCCCGCCUCUGUCGCUUCUGGCGCCCCUGCUCCCGGCCGAGCUCCCGGCACCGUGAUGGGGUCUCGGGCCUCCACGCUACUGCGGGACGAAGAGCUCGAGGAGAUCAAGAAGGAGACUGGCUUUUCCCACAGUCAGAUCACGCGCCUCUACAGCCGCUUCACCAGCCUGGACAAAGGAGAGAAUGGGACUCUCAGCCGGGAAGAUUUCCAAAGGAUUCCAGAACUUGCUAUCAACCCACUGGGGGACCGGAUCAUUAAUGCCUUCUUUCCAGAGGGAGAGGACCAGGUAAACUUCCGUGGCUUCAUGAGGACUUUGGCUCACUUCCGGCCCAUCGAGGAUAACGAAAAGAGCAAAGACGUGAAUGGCCCAGAACCCCUCAACAGCCGAAGCAACAAGUUGCACUUUGCUUUUCGACUAUAUGAUUUGGAUAAAGAUGACAAGAUCUCUCGUGAUGAGCUGUUACAGGUGCUACGCAUGAUGGUCGGAGUGAAUAUUUCAGAUGAGCAGCUGGGCAGCAUCGCAGACAGGACCAUCCAGGAGGCCGAUCAGGAUGGGGACAGUGCCAUAUCCUUCACAGAAUUCGUUAAGGUUUUGGAGAAGGUGGACGUAGAACAGAAAAUGAGUAUCCGAUUUCUUCACUAAAGGAUGGAGACCAAACUGUUUCUUGCUUUCUAGUAUUUAAGAACUGGAACUUGAGAGUCCUCCUGUCUACCAGCCCCACCCCGUCCACCUCAUCAUUCCCUUCUCCCAAAGUACUACUGCUGUUGCAUGACAACCCGAGAUGUGUUCUGUCAACACAAACCUGCCUUUGGUGUAAAACAGGGCAUUACGGAAUGGUACAUCUAUCUGUUUCUGUUGAGUAUCCGCUUAUCAAUGGCAUCUCCCCCGUUCUGCUGCUGAGUGCCACACGUCCACCUCCACCCCGGCUGAGAAAGUCAGAGGGAGCCGGGCGAGAACCAGCCUGCAAAGCCGUUCAGCUGGACGCAGCCGAUGGCCCUGCUGCCUCCCUCUACUGAGGCUGCAGCGCGCUUCUUCCUCUUUGUAUGUCCUUGGCUUCCUACUUCUGUCACCCAGCAUACCGUUCACUUGUCCGUUCAGCCUCCCUGCUGCUUAUUAAGCCUCAACAUCUCCUCUGUUCUUGGCACCCCAAGCUAAGCCUGUUAAAUAUACUUCUGACUUGGCAGGAUAGUUCAGAGGUCUGGGAGUUUUUAAUCGACCUUCACUCUUAGAUGGGUUUCUGGGAUAUUGCCUCUGCAGGGGCUUUUCCGUAACCACCACUUCUCUCCGAAGACCAUGGCCAUCUCUUGGUCCUCUACAUUCUGACAUCAAAAGGCAGCUGGGUGGAUGCUGUACUUGAAAGGUGGCCUUGGUGAGAGGUGUGCAGCCGCGACGUCUAGCGGGCUUGGCCUGGUCGCUCUGCCUCUGGCCUCUGGUUCUCAACUUACAUACCUACGUGGCUUCUCUGGUUAGCACAGUGGUGACCGUUCGGAAGAUAGCCGUAAGCCUGCUGGCUUGUUUUGGGACACUGUCACCACCACAAUGGCUGCUCUCACAAAACACUUGGAGACUGUUUUGCGGCUGUUUGGACAAGGAGGCUGGGCACCCUGUAAAGCCUCCCGCAUUUACACCCCUGCAGCAUGAUUUAUGCCUCAGUGUUACAUGCUCUGAAAUGUUUUUCACUUCGCAUUUCCAGGUAGAGAGAUUAGUGUUAGGGAAGUGCCUGACGUAUCCCAGUUCAAAAGAUUUAAAGAUUGUCGUCCGUGUCUUGAAGUUUUGCACAAAAUUCCAUAUGGAUUUUAUACUUGGCAAGUGCUAAUGCCGGAAGCCAGAGUCAGCUCCCCAUGCAGGUCCAAAGUGCUGAAUGCAUCACGUCACUAGCUGCCUGGUUCUGUUAGCAUCCUGACUCCUGCAGACCAUGGCUUGUCCCUUAGAAACGGGUCUGGCACUGGUGGCACCACCUGAGGUGGCAU